GAUGUUGUACGCUGAGAGCAUCAUCUUACCACCUCUUUGGUUUCUUUGACCGAGUAUAAAAGUCGAAAAGUUCUUAACCUUUUCACCAGUCACCGUAAGAAAAUUGAAGUUAACGCAUCCCCGUAGCAUCAUGAACGCAUUCUCCGUGUGGGUGGCCAUAACAAUGGCCGUGGUGGUCGUUGCAGAACCACCUUCUGGUUAUUCAUACAGUAGACCAAGUGGAGGUGGUGGAGGUUAUUCCGGCGGAGGUGGAGGAGGAUAUUCAGGCGGUGGAGGAUAUUCUGGAGGUGGAGGAUACUCAGGAGGCGGUGGAUACUCAGGAGGCGGUGGAUACUCAGGAGGCGGUGGAUAUUCAGGUGGUGGUCUUUCCGGAGGAGGAGGUGGUUACCAAGCAGUACCUUUUGGUUACCAAACCAACGAAGGAGCAACCGUUGAUCCAGCCCUUUUAGAACAAGUCCGCCAAAUUAUCCUCAAAGAAGAAAUCUCAUCCCAAUCAUCUUCAUCGUUCGGAGGUGGCCACGGAGGAGGUGGUGGAAUAAGUUCAAGUUAUGGAGCUCCUUCUCCACAAUACGGAGUACCAUCAUCUAGUUAUGGAGUACCCGGAUAUCAACAAAGAGUUGUAGGAAUUGAUUUGGAAGGAAUUAAACAAGCGAUUCAAGUCGCUCAAUACAGCCAAAUUAGUCACCAGAGUUUCGGAGGUUAUCCAAGCUCAAGUUAUGGAGCUCCAUCUCGCCCAUCUUCUAGUUAUGGCGCUCCUUUUUAAAAGCAAUUAACAAGUCACCAUUUUUUAAGCGGAUUAUCUUCUUCAUCUGCAACUUCCACCACUUUCUCGCUGGAUAACAUCCUCAGCGGAGUCUCACACGGGUCAUGAUGCUAAUUUUACAACAACAUCUUGUAAUUUUAUAAUGAAUGCGUUAAGUUCGAUUUCUUUAUUUGUAUAAAGCUUUAGAUUCUUUUUUGUAACGAAAAAAUUAAAAAUACAUUUGUCACCGUAACAAAAAAAUUAUUGUUUUACUUAAAUCUACAACAAUAACCUUUUAAAUCUAUUAAAACUGGUCUAUUGAUAUAAGAUUGUACUUACAUGUUGUGUAUAUGCGAUAUUGGUUGCAUACUUUCAAUGAUGAAGUCGGGUACGAUAAAUAAUUAACACACUACUUUCUUUUUAAGAUUUCUGUUCUUAAAUGUGCUUCGGGAAUCUGUUAUAAUUAUCACUUUGGGAUCCCUUUUCCAAAACAUUAUAGGUUAUGUACAUAACAUAACCUCAAUAUAAGAAUUAAUUUUAAA